CCAGAAAUCGAAGCAAAGAGAGGUCAAAGGAAACGGAAGCCGGGCGGUUAUUAGUUACAUGGCUAUGUUCACUGCAGCUAAUUGUACAAAAACCGUCGUUGCUUCUGAUCAAAGUAGAGGACCAACGGAUAUCACCACCGUCUGUCAUGUCGUACUGUAAGCAAGAGGGUAAAGAUCGCAUCAUCUUCGUUACCAAGGAAGACCAUGAAGCACCUAGCAACGCUGAGCUCAUUGCAGAUGACCCCAAUGACCCCUACGAAGACCAGGGCCUGAUUCUGCCUAGUGGGGAGAUCAACUGGAACUGUCCAUGCCUGGGAGGGAUGGCUAGCGGGCCCUGUGGCACACAGUUCAAGGAGGCCUUCUCCUGCUUCCACUACAGCAAUGAGGAGGUGAAGGGUUCAGAGUGUAUCGACAACUUCCGCGCUAUGCAGGAGUGUAUGCAGAAGUACCCCGAGCUCUACCCACAGGAGGACGAGAACGAGGGAGUCGCCGCGGGAGGGGAAGAUGCUACUGCCGUGGGAGGGGCAGAUGCCCCUGCGCCUGCUGAGGGCUCUGCCCCCGUUGAUUCUACUUCACCUGAGCUGGCAGAGGACUCGUCCUCAGCACCAGUGGCGUCUAGUGACUCUACCCUGUCCUCCCCAACACCUGAGUCUGCCCCGUCAUCCGACAAUACCCCUCCCACAGACAGCCAGGCUGCCAGCUAAAAUCACCCACUCUCCACCAUCCCCCGGUCUCUCCCUGAAACCACUGCCGUGCACAGACCACUCUCUGGGGAGAUCAGCUUUGUCAACUGAUGCCUCAGACCUGUUCUCUUGGUUCAACAUUCAUCACGAGGGAGAAUUACUUUUAAAGGGGGCCUAGAACUGCAGAGGAGUUAAGUCUCCUACAGGGAAUAUGCUGUGAGAAGAGGAGGACAAUACAAAAGAAAUACACAUCUUUUUUCUUAUGCUUUUUUAUCCAGUGGUUGUUGAGCUACUGAUGUUCCUACAGUGGGGAGUUUGUAGAGGAGGACUUGUUCGCUGAAGGGGACUUUAGUUAAAGGUUUCUCAUCCAAAACAAUUUAGCUGCUUAUUAUCAAGCUUCAAAUCAGAUCAUUUGUGCCAUUCUAUGUUAAUUCUACACUGGAGGUGUGUAACCUACUAUCAAUGUUACUGGUCAGACUAGUUUGUGAUCACUUGACUUAAUGUUAGGCUUGGGCGGUAUACCUCAUACCAGGGUAUUUGGAAAUAGUCGGGAUGUUUUUUUCAAUACUGUUAAUAGCAUUGAACAUUUCAACUAUUUAUUUGAUGUUUUUCAAUACAUUUUAAUAUUUGUUGCUAAUUUUUAAGUAAAUACCCACACAGUCAACUGAAGAAAGCAGGUUGCGUUCUUCAUUUCACCGGUAGUUCUUCAUUUCACAUAGGUCCCCAGAACAGUUGAGCCAAUCACGUGGUUGUUUGUUUGUAAAUAGCACAACUGGAGAAAGCGGGAGGAGGUGAGAACAGCUGUGUAUUGACGGGUCGCGUUGUAUAUUGAAAGUCGUGUUUUUUUUCUUCAAUAAAGUGAUCAGGGAAGUGCAACUAUAGUUUUCCUUCAGAAAAAAUACGUUAGUGCAACACAUUAGGCAGAAAAAGCUUCAUUGUAAUCAGAUGACAAAAGUAGUGCAACGCUAUUUGUCUGGCAGUCACACAAGUAAAUGAGCUUGUAAUGAAAAAGCAAGGUAUUUUUAGCAAAAAUAAUGCAUGGCCAUCGUGUGCCUGUUUAUCAUAGAAAGAAUGUAGCCAGCUACAUUUCCUAAUGUUUUGCUUAACGUUAAUAUUGGAGUUAAUCUUUUACCGAAGAAAAGUAGGCUGGCUACACCGAUAAAAGUAGCUUCACAUCAGUCAGAGCACUGUCUGCUGAUAUAAUGCCCAUUUGUGAAUUCUCAUCCGAGUGGAGAAGUGCAAUUGAAGCACAAAUUGAGUCUGAUGCAGAGCAGAAAUUACAUUAAGUAGCAUUUUACGUCAGCGUUUACAAAACGCUGCAAGAUAUUUAUUUAAAAAAAUUAAAUGAUGCAUUAAAUUGGCUCCCGAGUGGUGCAGCGGUCUAAGGCACUGCAUCUCAGUGCAAGCGGCGUCACUGCAGUCCCUGGUUCGAGUCCAGGCUGCAUCACAUCCAGCCGUGAUUGGGAGUCCCAUAGGGUGGCGCACAAUUGGGCCAGCGUUGGCCGGGGUAGGCCGUCAUUGUAAAUAAACAUUUGUUCUUAACUGACGUGCCUAGUUAAAUAAAGGUAACAUUUUUCAAAUUUAAAUUAAAGUGACCCCAAAUUUAACUUGCUAGUUAAUCUAAGUAAAUUGCUGAAUUAAUAAAGUGGAGGCAUCAUAUCGUGUUAGCUUUCUGCCUGCCAUCUUCUCAGAGCAGGCAGGCCAGUUGCCCUAGCGACUCCAGACUCCACACGGGCACAAUGUGUAGUCUACACAUGCUGCUUCAGAGCCAGUAGUGUUCUUCCUUCAGACAAGCAUGCAUCAGAACUUUGUUAAUUUGCACAGUGUCUCACGUUCACAUUCACUUGUAAAUGUCCAAACUCACCAAAAAUAACAUUUGGUAGCUCCUAACUAUAUAUGUAUAACUUUAUGAGCUGGAUUGCCUGUUUUUGCAAUUCCUUUAUUUUCGUUGGCGCCCGUUAGCAUAUUUAGUCAGCCCCCAUUGAAAUUCGCUAUUACCUGUGCUAAUUUUGUUAACAUUCUGUUAGACGCCCAAUGUUUGUUUGUUUUUGCUGUGUUUUUGCGCCGCCUUGUGUACGAAGCCUGUAAUACCGUAAUAUCCCGGUAUGAGAAAAGGAUGUUAUGAUCUGAAAAUCUGGAUACUGCCCAACCCUACUGCAUGUUUGUGUUUCACAGAUUAUGGUAAGAGAUAGGAUUAAAGCUUGAUUACUCUUGUGUACUAAAUUGCUGCUCAAAGAUCAUGUGACAUUUUAAGUUUUGUCAAAAGUCCUGAAUGUUGCUGUUGGCAUGAUGUUUUUCCACCAAUCUGUUCUUUGAUUUUUACCUCACUAUUACUUAAUAGAUUUUUCCAUCCAAUGACCACUCUUCAUAACCCAUAUACCUGAAUAAAGUGGAAGUCCAUUGUCUAUGCAAUCAUUUCCUCAAAGGAGAUAAUUAAACACUGCGUGCCAACUGGGAUUUGGUUAUGGUUUGCAUAAUAGUCUCUUGAAAGAGGGAGCUGUUGGAAAUGUAUUGGUCAUUGGCAAUGACACUAAUAAUCAGAGGGAGGGCUUUGGAAGAUUGGGGCUAAAUCCUAACUUGAGAUGUGUGCUUUAGGGCUGACCCCAUUUAGUCAACUGUUCGAUAGGCUGUUGGUCGAGCAGUCGCAAAAAAUACAUUUCUUUAUGGCAUUGUCGGAGUGGAUACGUUAUUUGCGACCGCACAACCUAAGCUACGCUUGUGAGGAACGUGUUUUUGGUUUAUUUCAUUCCAUUUACGGAGUUAUCAAUGUUUGGAUUGUCUUUUGUUUGUAGCGCUCCUGUCAAUGUUCAUUAAUGAUGCGCGCCAGAUUAUGCAUAGAAGUAGGCCAAGGCUACCUGGUUUGCGCACAAAUGUAGACCUAUAAAUGUGCCCAUAUGAGGAACUGAUAGUAUUUCUGAUUGUCUUAAAAAACCUGUUCCCAACCCUCCUCCCCUUGCUGAUGACCUUGAAGUUGCCGGUAAUAGGCUACACCACAGGUCGGCAACCUUUUCAAUUUGGAGUGUCAAUUUAUCUUACCAUUUCUACCAAUCUGCCUGCCAGUUAUUAUUUUCAAAAGUCUCAUUGUCGUGUAAAAGUUUAGUUUCAUUUAUAAUAAAGUCUUAGUAUCUCAAAAUCAUUAUAUGGUUCAUCAAAAUUCUAAAAGUAACUUAUAUUGCCAAUUAACUUAUAUUGCCAUUGCCAACUAUGUAGACUAAAAAAUAGCAUACAUAAAGCCAACAAAUAAAAACAUUGCAGCCUGCAGGUAAAACAUAUUUUGAUACAAAUAAAUAUCCUAUAAAUCACAUUGGCCACUUGUGGCCUGUCUGCAAGGAACUUGAAACAUUGAAACAAGGUGUCAAAAAAAGACCUUUUAACACAGAUUCUGUUUUAGUCAGACAGCCAUAGCGUGUUUGUAAUGCAAUGACAUCAAUGCAGGAUUCAUGUGAAAAUGUGAGAUACAGUGUGUUUAAAUCUCAGGAUUUGAGCCUUUGAGAUAUGACUCUUCUGGUUAGGUGCCACAGGUCCUGGAAGGUCAAAUAUGUUUGGUGCUGGCCGCUAUUAUCAACAACUCAUGUUCUUAUGAAGAAAGACUGAGUACAUAGAAGGUGCUUCCUUCACCUGCUUUUGAAACAUGUCAUUUCAAGCCUUUAAUGCACUGGUACAUUCUUUUACCUGUCCUGAUUAAAGUUAUCACUGAA